AUGUUGAUUAAAACAGAAGCUAACAGCACCUUGGCUUCGUAUUAUAGAGACCAUAAAGAUGAGUAUAUGUGUUUUAAUUGUUAUAACAUGAUUGUAGUAAAUAGAACAGAUGUUUUUAAGAAACAUGCUAUAGAAUGGGAGAGAAGAUUAAAGAGAUCUAGAGAGGAUAAUAACUUUUCUAUAUUUGAAAGUAUUUCUAUAUUAACUAACAUCAUUUUUGAACGAGAGAAUCAAAGUAUGGCUAUAUCACUUUGGAAUUUAAAAGACGAAUUGGUAGAAAACAAUAACAAUCUUAUGUGGGUGGAUAGCGUUAAUGUUUUAGCACAGUUUUUAUACGAUCGGGAAAAAAAUAAACAAGAACCAGUCAUUUAUAGCUUUAAACAGCUACGAAGAGAAAUAGUAGCUAAGGAUUUUAGGUUAAGUAGUUUUUUUGAUUCAAUUUAUAAUACAUCUCUUCUGGAAAAUAAAAGUACUAAACAUUUAGAUAAGCUAAAUAAAAAAUUAGUAGUAGAAUAUUAUAUUAUUUGUGGCAAUCAAAACUCUAAACUAACGGCAUUUAAAAAAGAUAUAUCACUUUUUAUAGAUUUGAUGGGGGUUUCUACAGAAGCUAUAGAUGCCUUAUCACAUACCAAUAUAACAAUUUCACGAAAUGUUGAUACAAUAGCUAUUCCACAAAUCGCACAAAAUAGUAUAUUAGUUUAUAAUCCAAAACUAAUCGAUUCUGAACUUAUUUGUACUUUUUUAGAUUACUACUAUAUGGAACGAAUGUCUAGAACGUUUAAUGAUCAAUUUUAUUAUGAAGUACCUUCGAAUGAAAAGCUUGAAAAUAUGACUCUUCACAGAUAUGAUGAUCGUAUACAAGAAUGGCGUGAAAAGCAUAAAAUGAAAGACAUAAUUCUCUUAGACUUUUUCGAAUUAAGUCUUAAAGAGAUAGAUUUGUAUAUUAAUGCUUUAUAG